UUCCACUCCAAUGACAGCAGCUGUGUCAACAGGAUCUGCUGCAAGUUUGCCCACAACAGGACAGGACAGCCAGUCAAAGCAAGCAGUUGAAUGCAUCCAAGGCAACAUUUCAUCGACAUGAAUAAGGAUCCUGUUGUCAUCGUCUCUGCCGCGCGGACACCAAUUGGGUCCUUGAACGGUUCUCUGUCCACGGUGCCUUUGCAUGAUCUGUGUUCUGUGGUGAUAAAGGAUGUCCUAAAGCGGGCUGCAGUGCAACCAGAAGACGUGUCCGAGGUCAUCAUGGGGCACGUCCUGACGGCAGGGCACGGGCAGAACCCGGCACGUCAGGCCAGCGUCGGUGCAGGCAUUCCCUACUCGGUCCCAGCCUGGAGCUGCCAGAUGGUGUGCGGCUCUGGGCUGAAAGCUGUGUGUUUGGGAGCUCAGUCCAUCCAGACCGGGGAGUCCACUGUGGUGGUGGCAGGAGGCAUGGAGAGUAUGAGCAGGGCUCCUCACGUGUUGCACAUGCGGGCCGGAGUGAAAAUGGGCGACGCAUCCCUGCAGGACUCCAUGUUGGCCGACGGUUUGACCGACGCUUUUCACGGCUACCACAUGGGCAUCACAGCGGAGAAUGUGGCCAAGCAGUGGGACGUCAGUCGAGAGGCGCAGGACGUCUUCGCCGUCCGCUCGCAGAAUAAGGCGGAAGUGGCGCAGAAAGCGGGAUACUUCCUUCAGGAGAUUGUCCCAGUUGUGGUUCCGUCCAGGAAAGGCACGGAGGAGGUGAAGGCGGACGAAUUCCCUCGGCACGGCAGCAGUCUCGAGAGCAUGUCCAAACUUAGGCCGUGUUUCAUUAAAGACGCCAGCGGUACCGUCACCGCCGGCAACGCUUCAGGUAUUAACGACGGCGCGGCCGCCGCCGUGCUCAUGAGCCAAUCGGAGGCCUCAAGGCGGGGCCUGUGGGCCAUGGCCAGAAUUGUGUCGUGGGCUCAAGCCGGGCUCGACCCGUCCGUCAUGGGCACCGGGCCCAUACCCGCCAUCAGGAAAGCAGUCGAGAAGGCAGGGUGGCAACUGGAUCAGGUCGAUCUCUUCGAGAUCAACGAGGCCUUUGCCGCGCAGUCCGUUGCCGUUGUUAAAGAGCUCGGACUGAAAGAAGAAAAGGUGAACGUGAACGGCGGCGCCAUCUCACUGGGUCAUCCCAUCGGCAUGUCGGGCUGCAGGGUUCUGGUGACGCUGCUGCACGCGCUCCAAAGGACCGGCGGCAGGACGGGCGUGGCGUCCCUGUGCAUCGGAGGAGGCAUGGGCAUCGCCAUGUGCGUGGAGAGGCUCUGAUGGCGCAUUGUUGAUCCCUUCAGUGUAAGCGAGUGCUUAUUGGUUAAGUGUCAUUGCCGGGGCCUUCUUGUUGCGCUUCAAACUUAACAUUCCGCAUCCAUUUCCUGUAAACAUGAACGGGCUCUCGUCCAGCAGAAUUGAUACCAUGAUAAGCUGUCCACUGUCGUAACCGCUGUCCCUGAAAAGGUUAAAUAUAACUACCCCGUGACGAAAUUAAAAAGCGGCCUACUUUCAAGAAAGGCGUCAAUUGAUUUUGAUUUGUGGGUGGUGGGAGGGAGUAAUGCUAUGAGGUUUUUUUUUUCCCCUUCCAACAAAAUAUUCUGAUU